UUCGGUUUGGUUCUUGGGUGUACUGGCAGAAUGUCGACUCGGUGGACUUGGACCGCUGAAAAUGUUUCAGUACAAAGCUGCUCAGAAUCCCAGGCCACUGCCAUGGCACUGGAUUCUACUGGAGAUUAUGUACUCUUAGCAGGGCGGAGGGGGAUAGACGUGCUGCAUCUGACAGACAUGCCCCAUUGUAAACCUCAACGAGUCAAGCACAAGACAACCAUGAAAUGGGACAUUAGUGUUGCAGAGUGGAAUCCUCAUGCAGAGCAGAAAAAUCAGUUUGUUACUGCUUCCAACCAAACAGCUGAUGUUUUCACUCUGAGUGAAUCUGAGUAUGUUCAAGCCAUGUCACUUAAGGCACACACAAGGACAAUCAGUAAUUUGAACUGGUCUGUGUUUGAUCCAAAUCUGCUAGCAACAAGCUCUGUUGAUACCUAUAUCUAUAUCUGGGAUACAAGGGAAAGCAAGAAACCAGCAAGUGCAUUUUCUACUUUUGCUGGAGCUGGUCAGGUGAAAUGGAACAGGAAAGAUGAGCACUGCCUAGCAACUGUCCAUGAUGGUGAUAUCAGGCUGUGGGAUAAGAGGAAAGGGAAUCAAGCAGUCAAGUAUAUCUCUGCCCAUGUAUCCAAGAUCUACUCGUUAGACUGGGACCCUAACAAUCAAUCACAUCUUAUCACAGCCAGCCAAGAUUGCUCAGCAAAGGUCUGGGAUACAAACAAUGAGCAGAAAGCUGUUCUUGAAAUCAGGACCGAUGCCCCGCAGUGGAAAGUCAGAUAUACACCAUUUGGUGACGGUCUGAUAACCAUCACCAUGCCUCAGCUCAGGCAGAGAGAAAAGAACUUACUGAUGUGGACUCAAUCUAACCCUGCAGCUCCAAUCCAUUCCUUCACCGGUCACAGUGACGACAUCCUAGAAUUUCAGUGGAGGCCAAAAGAUACUUCAUAUUUUGACUACCACAUGGUUACCUGGGCGCGGGACUACACACUCAGGAUAUGGAGAGUAGAGCCAUACUUACAGAGGUUGUGUGGUGUUGAAGUCCAGGAUCUGAACCUCAGCGGCUCCAGUGAGAUAGAAAUCCUUGCAUCCCCUCCAAAGUCCGGUUCAUCGGUGGGCGUGGCAUCGUCGGCCUCCCCCGCUAGACAGCUUCUUGGAAGCAAGGAGAUGAUUGGUGGAGGGGUUGGGGAUCAGAACCGAUCACUGAGCGAUUUGGAUGAAUCUAUAACGUCCCUAGAGCAGGAGUUCAAGUCAGUAGCACGCAUCACCCCACAGACUAGCAUUGAACCUGAUCUUGGAAACCGUAGUUGCCUUAUAUCUGCAUCCAACAAUCGUCACACCGUCCGAAUGAAGAUGUCCUUCCCACCCCAGUACCCAAUCAAAGUUAGCCCUAAGCUUUCCAUCAUAUCUCCUACCACACUGGACAAUCAAACAAGGAUUAAAGUACUAGAGGUAUUGAAUCAUUCCUGUAUGCAGCAAGUGGAGCUCGAGAGAUUCUGUAUAUCAACUUGUUUUAAUCAACUCAUUAACAUAAUGGAAGGCUUACAGCUGAACUCGCCAAAUGCAAUGAAUGGGUCAUCCAGCAAGUUGGGGUCAUCUGGAGGUCAAGUUGCUUCAAAUUAUGGAUCUGCUUCUGAUAAGAAUAUUCCUUUCCCCCGUACCUCAGGUGCUAGAUUCUGUAGUACAGACAAACUAGUUAUGUUCACCAGACCAAAUAGUAUGAAGAAAUCCAGUGCUAUCUUUCAGCCAAUUCCAAAGGCUCUGUCAGCAUUGAGCCAACAACGUGGACAGCAAAUCAUCCAAACAAGAAAGGAAAACCAGGAGGGAUUGUCGAUUACUAGGUUCUACAAAGAAAGGGAAAACAAACAUAGAAGAGGGGGUAAGCAUCGCAGGAAAAACUCUGAUGUAACUCAGAUAUCAACCUCCACAUCACAGGCGUCUGGUAUGGUCUUUGUCUUUGAUACCUCCUGUCUCCUACCCAUUCACCAGAAAUUAGCUGAAACUUAUGUAUUAAUUCCUGAUGAUGUACCUAGGAUGUGUUCUCUUAAUGCAAAUGCAGCAGCAGCUGUAGGAAGGAAAGAUCUCUUACAGGUUUGGUCCUUAGCCUCCCUAGCAAGCAGUCCUAAGUUGGGCCCACAUCCUUCCCCUGACACUGAGAGACCUUGGGCUAAACAUCCAAUGGGACGACAACUACUCAAGUCUUUAAUGGAUCACUACAGUUCGAUUCAUGAUGUACAGACAUUAGCCAUGUUAUCCUGUGUGUUUGGUGAAAAUACAAGACCUAAAGGCGAUCAUAUUAAUAGUCCAUCCAUUCAAAGGUUCUUCGUAUCUCCGGAUUCCGACUCUAUGUUUAGUCCAGACUGGAUAACAGAGUAUGGUCAGAGUCUUCCUGAAUCUCCUGAUGAUUACAAAUUUGGUCAGGCCAGAAACCCAGAAGAGAUGGAGAAAGAUAUUCACAGAGCAAAUAUACAAUUGAUCGAUCCAUCUCAAAGACACCAACUGGACAAGUUUAAAAAGAAGUACGCAGACAUCCUGUACAAAUGGAAUCUCCUAGAGGCUAGAGCAGAACUCCUCAAGUAUAUGACGUAUCCAGAGCGAUCUAGGCACUCUCAAUUAGAUUUUUCGGACUUCGGCAUCGAGUGUCGUAGAUGUAAGAAAAAGUCAAUGUCCGUUCAAUGCAAGGAAUGUAAGAAGUAUGCCUUUGCUUGUGCUAUCUGCCAUGUCGCUGUGAGAGGUGCCUCAAUAUUCUGUUUGUUUUGUGGCCAUGGAGGUCACACACAACACAUGUUGGACUGGUUCAAACUGGAAAAGAUGUGUCCCACUGGUUGUGGCUGUAUGUGUGAACGGGAGUCACAGCGAGCGUGUGAACAGGACGUUUCGUGCUCAUCACCAAUCACACCCACCAUCAGUGCAAAGAGAUGAUGAUGACCUGUGCUUUUGAACGGCAUGCUCAAAAGUGACUUUGGUUGUUUGAAAUCACAAUUUCUUCACAAGAAUGCUGACCUGGGUCUCUUUCAAAAAUAGUAUGCCAGGAAAACUUUGGUCUCACUUCAUGUGCAAGUUGCUUGUAACGUCGAUCUUAACUUUACAAACGUCAUUAUGAGACAGUCCCUAUGCUCCAUAUUGCAUUGAUAUUGAUGGAGAUCAUAGAAAUGUUGCUGUUAUGCUGUCGAAAAACAAAUAGAAUACAUGUAUGUCACACUUGUUAUUGAUGACAAAGCAAGAAAUAAGGGAAUGUUCACAUGGGGUGCACUCCGACCUAGAUGACAACUAAAAAAUACUUGGUAUUCUGUGAUUUGAGUCUUCCAGCAGAAACAAUUGCAUUUAAACUCAACUCCUAGUAUCAAGCCAGUCCCUAAUAUGCACAUUUCAUUGUUUGAGAAUCAAGUUACAUCUGAUACAUGUAUUUGGAGUUGGGUUUUGAUUUUAACUCUUUUGCAAUCCCCCACCCCCCCCCUCCCCCGGAUUUUACUCCAAUCGGAGAAUACCAGGUGUUUCUGAUAGUGUGAAGCAAAUUGCUUUUUACAUCCCAGAAAAAAAAAUGAAAUGGUACUUUUCAAAAUUACAAGUUCUGUUACAUCCCAGAAAAAAAAUGAAAUGGUACUUUUCAAAAUUACAAGUUCUUUUACAAGGAUUUUUCUUAGGUUACAAAUGUUCUUGCAUUGCGAAAGUAAUUAGCAAGAAAUUUUCCUAUCCCAGAGAGAAUGUUACAUGAAGGCUCUGAACUUCAUAAGGAACUUGGAUUGCUAGCUUGCUUAACUUGCAGUUUUUAAUGCUGUGUGUCAUCUGCUACUCACGAUCAGACCUUACUGCCCAUAUCUUCAAGUUCUUACCCUGAAAGUGUCUGGUUCAGGUGGGUAUGAAUACAGAAAAUAUUAAUUUUGUAUACUGAG